UCACACGGUCACACCAAUAAAGCAUACAAUAUAGUGUCUUAAAUGUAAUCUGAAAAGCAGUAGCGGCCGAGUAAGAAACAGCUAUUAGCUUCCAAAUGGCUUCAGAUCCAUCAGAAUUCAUCACCCCCUACAAGCUCAAACAAACCCUAACAGCCCACAAACGCGCCGUUUCAGCCGUCAAGUUCUCCUCCGACGGCCUCCUCUUGGGUUCUUCCUCCGCCGAUAAAACCCUUCGCACCUGGUCCACCUCUGGCGACUUCUCUACUCUCCAAGAAUUCCAUGGCCACGACCAGGGCAUUUCGGACCUCGCCUUCUCUUCCGACUCCCGCCACGUCUGCUCAGCCUCCGACGACAAGACCGUCCGCCUCUGGGACGUCGAAACUGGCUCUCUCAUCAAAACACUACAGGGCCACACCAACCACGUUUUCUGCGUUAACUUCAACCCCCAGUCCAACAUGAUCGUCUCAGGUUCCUUCGAUGAGACCGUUAGGGUUUGGGAUGUCAAGACUGGCAAGUGCUUGAAGGUGCUUCCCGCACAUUCUGAUCCCGUCACUGCCGCCAAUUUCAAUCGUGAUGGCUCCCUCAUCGUUUCCAGUAGCUAUGAUGGUUUGUGCAGGAUUUGGGACGCUUCCACUGGUCAUUGUAUGAAGACUUUGAUCGAUGAUGAGAAUCCUCCCGUUUCUUUCGUCAAGUUCUCCCCCAAUGGCAAGUUUAUUCUUGUGGGCACUCUCGAUAACACUCUGCGGCUUUGGAACUUCUCAACAGGGAAAUUUCUGAAGACAUACACUGGCCAUGUCAAUUCAAAGUAUUGCAUUUCGUCAACAUUUUCGGUAACAAAUGGGAAGUAUAUUGUUGGUGGUUCUGAGGAUAACUGUGUAUACUUGUGGGAACUUCAGACGAGGAAAAUAGUACAGAAAUUGGAAGGUCACACAGACACUGUUAUAUCGGUUUCAUGUCACCCCUCCCAAAAUAUGAUUGCAUCUGGUGCACUCGGCAGUGACAAGACAGUGAAGAUUUGGACUCAGGAGAGAGAUUGAUUAGACAUGUUAACUGGCAUCUGAAGAUUGUAAUAGAAUGUUGUCUAGUGAGCUUGGCAAUGACUAGCUAAGGUGUUAACUGGGAAGACUGACUUGGUAAAAAGGGAUUUACAUCUUUGAAGAGCCAGGCUAUCACUGCAUAAGAAUUGUACCAUUUAGAUUGUUAGGAAGGCAUGAGAAUGUUACCAUUUAGAUUGUUAGGAGUCUCUCUCUCUCUCUCUCUCUUUCUCUCUCUUUCUCUCUCUCUUAAUGUCUUCAGGAACAUUGCUUCAUGAUGGUUAAUAUGAACUCUGCCCGGACGACUACUAAGCAGUUUUCUA